CAACCCUGCAAACCUCUUAAUGUGGUGACUACCAGUGAGACCGCGCGCUCGGAGAUGGGCAGAAAAUGACUCACGGAUGCUUGGGUAGCGGCGGAGGCCCGGGCUGAGGAGGUUGCAGCAGCGGCGAAGGAUUCAUUUCUGCUACAGAACACCUCCCUUGGUACAACCCAAAAGACCAGUGUUUACUUUUCAUUAAAGAAUGGAGCCUGCUUGAUAUACCAGCAGGUGAAGAACCAAAGGAGGGUUUAUCUUUAUUCUUCUUAGCAUUGAGAGUCUGCUCUUGGAACCAUCAGGCACCAUGGGGAAGCGAGAUAAUCGAGUGGCCUAUAUGAAUCCUAUAGCAAUGGCCAGAUGGAGGGGCUCAACUCAAUCUACAGGCCCAACAAUACAAGAUUAUCUGAAUCGACCAAGGCCCACCUGGGAAGAAGUGAAGAAACAAUUAGAAAAUAAAAAGAAAGGCUCCAAGGCAUUAGCUGAAUUUGAAGAAAAAAUGAAUGAGAAUUGGAAAAAAGAAUUAGAAAAAAGUAGAGAAAAAUUAUUGAGUGGAAAUGAGAACUCUUCUAAAAAAAAAGAAAAAAAGAAAAAGAAAAAGAAGAAAUCUUGUCGGUCUUCAUCUUCUUCUUCAUCAAGCUCUGAUUCUUCAAGCAGUUCAGAUUCUGAGAAUGAGGAAAAGAAACAAGGAAAAAAGAGAAAGAAAAAGAAGAACCAUUCAUACAAAUCAUCAGAAAGCUCUACAUAUGAAUCUGAAUCAGAGAGCAAGGAAUCUGUGAAAAAGAAAAAGAAGUCAACGGAUGAAACAGAGAAAGAAAAGUAUAUUAGAAGUCUCAGCAAAAAAAGAAAGAAGACUUAUCCUGAAGAUAAACCCUCAUCAUCAGAGUACUCAUCAGAAUCAGAAUAUGAAGAGGAAGUGCAAGCAAAAAAGAAGAGAAGACAUGAAGAGCGAGAAAAAGCAACAGAAAAAGCAAAGAAGAAGAAGAAGAAACAGCACAAGAAACAUAGUAAGAAGAAGAAAAAGAAGUCAGGUUCGAGUCACAAGUCAGGAUAACAAGAAAAAAAUUAAGAUUUUCCUAUUUAAAAAAGCAAGGAUUUAAGGAAAGUUCAACUGUGAAUGUUAGGGCAUAUUUACCAAAAUGCAUGAAUUUCCUUGUGUUUGUAGAAUAUUCCUGGACUGAGUGCCAGUCAUAUGCCACUGUGCCAGAAAGGGCCAUAAUCAUUGCCUGCAGCAUAAAUAUAUAAUUUUGUUUGUGUGUUUUCCCUUCCAGGGUUAAUUCUUCUGAGAUCUAAAACCCUGUUGCUCAUACUAGUGGUUAAAACAUUUGGAUUUUGAAUUAAAAUGUUUUAGAUAAUAAUUUUCACCCCCCAAAUGUAUCUAAUUUGGAUAUAUCUUUAAAAUAUAAUCAGAAAUAUCUAGACAACUAUAGUUGACAUUUUUGAAGCAUGGACUUAAUGAUAUCUCAGAAUCCUUACUUUUGAAGAUUAGUUUAUUUUACUUCUUAAUAAACUUUAGUUUACAUGGGGAAAGGGCUUGUGGGGGAAAAAAGAGUUUGCUAUCACUUUGGCUAGCUGAAUAGUGUGCCUUUGAUCUUUACACAUCCUAUUUUUGCCAGUGCAGUGGCCAUUCUUUUCUUAUUUAGUGAAAUUCUGGAAUGUUAUAUGCUGCUUCAAGUGAAUAAGAGGACAGAAAGUAUAAGCCCCCAGUUCUAUGAAAUUUACCUCCACUUUAGCAGUACUGAAUAAUAUUUAGCAUUAGAGUGUUACAUUAUUUGAAUUAACUUUGAUACCCUUUGGAGGGGAAUCAUUUUAAAUAAACCCUGGUAUUUUUUGAUUAAUAAAGAUUC